CACACACAGGAAUAUCUAAUCCCUUUUUUUACAACACGUGGCCCACUUAUCAUCCGCCACCUCACCUUCGUCUACCUUUUUAUCCCCCAUUCCAUACACCAACUCCUCCUUUCUCUCUCCAAAAUAUUCAUUCAUUUUUAGGGUUUUGUUUCUUCAGUCACCAAAUUGAAUCAAAUCAAAAAAUCAAAUCAAAAAAUGGGGUCGAUUUCAAUCCCGGUUCCUGAUCCGGGCGAGUCAACUCAGUCCUGCCAGCCACCCGAUUUCGACGAGUUUCAAAAGCAAGCUUCAUUGAUGACGACGUGUACACUAUUAUGGAAGGAAUUAUCAGAUCAUUUUGUAUCACUAGAGCAAACCUUGAUGAAUAAAUCAGAUGUUAUCAAAUCCAAAAUCCAAACACUCGAAUCCGAAACCAACGCGUCGUUAGACGCCCUCCAACACCGCGAAUCCACCAUCGAGAAAUCCGUUUCUCUCGCAAUGCGAAAAGUGGAAGACGCGUUACGAGCCGCCACUGAAAAAGUCAGUAAAGACGGCGGAUGUAAUAAUGAUGAGGAAAAUGAUGACGACGAAGAAGAAAUGAAGAGGAUGUGUGUGAAGUUGGAUUGGGUCGGAUUUUGGGGGCUUAUAUGUGGAAAGAAGAAGGAAAUGGAAAUAAUGAGGGUCAAAGUGCCAACGGCGUUAAGCGAAUGUGUGGACCCUGCAAUGUUUGUUUUAGACGCGAUUUCGGAGGUUUUUCCGGAGGAUAAGAGGGAAGUGGAGACUGGGAACGAUUUGGGAUGGGCUUGUGUUUUGAUGCUUGAAAGUUUGGUGCCCGUGAUGGUGGACCCGGUAAUCGGGGAAUCGAGGGUGUUUGUGACGCCCAAAGUCAAGGAACGGGCGAACGAGAUUGCCGAGAAAUGGAAAGAGGGUGUGGAGGGUCGUGGUGGGGUUGAGAAUGUGAAGGGGUCGGAUGUGCAUACGUUUUUGCAGCAUUUGGUGACGUUUGGGAUUGUUAAAGAGGAGGAUUUCGGGUUUUAUAGGAAGCUUAUUAUUGGUUCCGCUUGGCGUAAACAGAUGCCUAAACUUGCUGUUUCGCUCGGCCUCGGUGAUCAAAUGCCUGAAAUGAUUGAAGAACUAAUUAGCAGGGGACAGCAAGUUGAUGCUGUGCAUUUCACUCAAGAAGUUGGCCUUGCUGAGAGGUUUCCCCCAGUUCAUUUGCUAAAAGCUUUUCUCAGGGAUGCAAAGAAGGCUGCAACAUCUAUCAUGGAGGAUCCUUGUAAUUCUGGCCGUGCCGCGCACCUAGCUGCACGUAAGGAGCAGUCUGCACUUAAAGUUGUUAUUAAGUGCAUAGAAGAAUACAAACUGGAGUCAGAUUUUUCUCUCGAGAACCUAAAGAAGCGGUUGGAACAGCUGGAGAAGGUGAAGAUAGAGAAAAAGAGGCCAGCUGCUGCAAGUCCCGCCAGCAAAAGAACACGAGCAUGCACUGUGGGACCCAUGCCACCGGCAAAGGCAGGUCGUAUCACGAACACAUAUGUAUCUUCGUUUCCUGCCCCACCACCAACAUUCGUGAGAUCUCCCCCAUCACAUACCCAAUAUUCUCCCCCAUACACUGUCUCACCCCAAAUGUAUGGACAUGGAAACAACAGGAGCCCACCCACCAAUCACUAUGUGACUUACUCCCCAGAAGCGGCACCGCACUCUCCAGGUUUUUCGUAUCCAAGUACCCCUCCAAUGAACUAUCCACAUCCUCCUGCUGUUGCUUAUGGGGGCUAUGGUGGUUACCAGCAAGCUUACUAUCGGUAGAAGAGAUGAUGACUGGUGAUGGAUAACUAUGAUCUUAUGAUGACCCCUCUGAAAACUUGAUGUCUUUACCUAAUAUUGUCUGUAAUCUAUCGCUAACCUUUUAACGGUAGGUGUUGUGUGUUUGUAUUUCUGAUGUUGUUUAAGCUGUCAUUAUGAAUUAAUUCUAAUGUGAAAAAUGUAGUUUAAUGAA